GCAACUCAUACACUUCUGUUCCCCAUUUACCCUUUUAUCUUCUACAAUGCCAAAGUUAUUAAAAAUAAAUCUUUGUGAAAAAAAAAACUCACACACACCACCACCACCACCACACAGUCACAAAAUUCUUUGAAUCUCUAUCUCUCAAAUGAAGAACACAACCUCGCCGGAAUCCUACAAACCACCACCACCACCACAACCACCGUUCGCCGCCGAGUGCUGGUUCGACGACGUUUGCAUCUUCGACAUGGACUACUUCGUCAAAACCCUCUCCGGCAUCAAAUCCAAAGGAGUCCGACCCGACUUAAUUGGAUCCAUCAUCACCCACUACGCCUCCAAAUGGCUCCCGGAACUCUCCUCCUUCUCCUCCUCCUCCGCCAACUCCGCCGCCGACGACUCCGACGAACCACCGCAGAGCGCCACCGCCGCGUGGCUGAAGAAGCGGUUCUUCGUCGAAACCCUAGUCGGAAUUCUCCCCUCUGAAGAAGACUCCAUCCCCUGCAACUUCCUCCUCCGCCUCCUCCGUACCGCCGGAGCCGUCGGGGUCGAGCCGGCUUACAGAACCGAGCUGGAGAGGAGGAUAGCUUGGCAGCUCGAUCAAGCCACGCUGAAGGAGCUGAUGAUACCGGCUUUUAGCCACACUUGCGAGACGUUGUUGGAUGUUGAGCUUGUUGUGAGAUUGGUGAAGAAGUUUGUGAGUUUGGAUGAAGGGGUUCGAAGUGGAGCCGCGCUGGUUAAGGUGGCUAAGCUCGUCGAUUGUUACCUUGCGGAAGCCGCGCUGGACUCCAAUUUGAGCUUGCCGGAGUUUGUUGAGCUCGCCGGAGCUCUUCCCGGACAUGCUCGUUCCACCGAUGAUGGCUUGUAUCGUGCCAUUGAUACCUACCUUAAAGCUCAUUUAUGGCAGGCCCAUCCAGGGGUAUCAAAGCAAGAAAGAAAGACCCUCUGUAGAUUAAUGGAUAGUCGAAAACUCUCACCGGAGGCAACUCUCCAUGCUGCUCAAAACGAUCGCUUGCCUGUUCGAGCCGUAAUCCAAGUCCUCUUCUCCGAGCAAACCAAGCUCAACCGACAGGUUGAUUGGAGUGGCUCUUUCACCACCGGAACAAGAAGCCCCAACCUUGGGCUCGAGCAGCCUGCACGGUGCCAAUCAAAGCGUGAAAUGACAGCUCAACAGAUGGAGAUAAAGAGGUUGAAAGAAGAUGUUCUUAGGCUGCAAAGCCAAUGCAUGACCAUGCAGGGACAGAUUGAUAGGUUGUUGGAGAAGAAGAAAGGGUUUUUUAGGUGGAAGAAAUUGGGAGUGCCGGCUUUGAAAAAUGUCAGUGGAUUGGGUGAGAGGAUUGAGGAGGGGGAAGGAGAAGGUGAGGGUGGAAUUGGGCGACAAACGCCGAUGGAUUUAAAGGCAAAGUUCGGGCAAGGAGGAAGGACUCCGCGAAAGUGGAAAGAGUCGGUGUCUUGAGGAAUUGGAUGCUCUGUCUUACUUUUUUCUCUUUCUUUGUUUCAAAUUACUUUUAUCUAACCCACGAUCUAUUUCUUUUGGCUUUGAUCAUGUGGCAUGGAGGGAAUUUACAAUAAGGAGAUAGGAGGUGAGUGAGACUGAAGAUCCUCAGUCGUGUCGUCAAAGUGAAAUGGGCUUCUUAAAUGGACAGGUUUUGUCUAACAAAUGCCAUUCAUGUUGUUUAUUUUGAUUAUGUACCUAUAAAAUGGAAUAAGAUUUCUUCUUUCAUUUUCUUUUUAUUAAGCUUCAAUUCACGGCCUAA